ACUACCGUCGGCGCAUUGGUCGACAGGUCGACACACAGACGCAAUAAAUAGCGGACGCAACACGUGAACGAGUUGUUUGCGAGUUCCGCGAUAAAUGUCAUGCCGAGCAUCACGCUGACGAUCUCACGUCGCUUUUGCGCCAGCUGAUGACGGACGAUCCUGAGAUUUGCGCGUAAACGGUUCGCCUGUGAAUAAUCGCAGCCGUACACGGUCCUCUACUCCGGUGACGACGACGUCGUGUUGUCUUUGUCAGAAUGCGUGCGGACACGUGCAUCCUGCUGUUAUACCUGCCGUUUGCGAUUUUCGUCGGCGCUGAAAAAAACGAGAGCGCUUUUGUGGCAACGCACGAAUGGCAGACGGUGAAAAAGGGAACUCCUAUUCCCAAGGGACUUCAUGUGAGACAUAAUUUUGCAACUGGAGUAACAGAGGCUAAAUUGAUGGAUGACACAGAAGAAGACGAUGAAAAUACAAAUCGAUCCAAUUCCAAGUCGUUGACACUACAUCCGGAUAAGUCGGUUCUAGAAAACGAAGAGCCAGAUCCUGUGAAAAUGAAAAAAGUUUCAGAGUCUUUGAAUUCUUUGAAAUUUCCUAUUGACGAAUUAAAAGCGAGAUUGAAAAAGCUUAAGCAAGAUGAAGCAGCAAUAGUAUCAAAAAUGAAUGAUGGAAAAACUCGACCAAAAACUGAGAAACGUUUCAAACGUUUUUAUGAAACUUUGAAAGAGGAACUUAAUGCUCUUAAAGUUAAUGUUACAAACGAUUCAGAAUUAUUAAAACGGUUUUUCCAGAAAUUUCAAUCUUAUAAAAGUAGUAUCACUACAGGAACGUUAACUAAUAUAGAGAUUGAAGAAGUAUUGGACAUUUUAAAUAAUUUAGAGUACCUUCUUCAUCAAAUAGACAAUGCUAAAAUAUUCUCAGACAUGGAUGGGCUGACUAAGAUCAUAUCACCAUGUCUUAAUGGAACUAAUAAUGAAAUAAAAUCGGAAGCAUUACGCCUUCUAGGAGCAGCCGCCCAAUCAAAUCCAAAAGUGCAAGCUAAGGCAUUAGAAAAUGAUUUUAUUCAAAAAGUGUUGCACGUCUUGUCUACAAAUAAUAAAAUUGAAAUAAAAUCCAGAUGUCUCUUUGCUCUAAGUGCCUUAAUACGCCAGUUUCCUGCUGCUCAGAAAGCUUGGAUUGAUCAUGGCGGUUUGCAGUUACUAGGCAAGAUUCUAUACGACGAUCAAUUACAUAUACAAAUGAAAGCAAUGAAACUAAUUAACGAUCUAACAAUCGAAAGACGAAACCUAGAAGAAAUCCAUGAUGCCGAACAGCGUCAACAGAGAAUGAGGGAGUACGCUAUUACAGAUUUUGAGCUAAAAUUACUAAGGCACGAUUACUGUAAACUUCUAAGCAACUUAAUGGUCAAAUGCUUCAAAGAAAAGUUAACUGGCCAAUUUAGCAUAGAAAAUAACGAUUUUCUCGAAGUAGUCUCAGAUAGCAUGAUCACGAUAUCUCCUAUUUGUAAAACUGAAUUUAAGAAUACUGAAUUUUUGCUUUUACCUGUUAUAAAUAAUCUCUUACACUUUUAUCAAAAUCCUAAUAUUAAACUCACUGUGGAUGAAACAGACGUUUUAAAGAGUUUAAUAUUACUGAUUGAAAGAUUAAAAGAAACUAUUUUUGAAGCACCUCAUGAUGAACUAUGAAUAUGAGUUAAUAUCUAAGGUAACUAAAAAUAUACGAAAGUAUAUCAAAGACUAUAAAUUAAAUUCCAGUCUUAUGUUAAUAGAUAUGCAAUCAUGUGCAAUAGCAUAGGGCUUACUUAAUAUGCAUUUGUCAGUGUAAAAAGUUUUGUCAAG